CCUAUUAAUCACCAAUGUUAUUUUGUGCAUUCUAGAGCCACACAACAGUUCAAGGUGAUAUCGACAUGUGCUGUCAAAUAUUCGAGUCUUGACAAUGGGAAGUGCAAAUGAUGUACCAUCGCAACACCAAAGGUUGAUAUCAGCAGACUAACCAAAAUGGUAUCUUUUGCAAAGGGUGGGUGUAAACAGGCGUAGGUGUAAAUAUAUAAUAUAUAGCCUCACAUUUUACAAACACACUUUGAAACAAUUUUCCUUUACGCAUUUUUAAUUAAGUCUGCUUGUGGUGGCCGAGACAUGUGUUUUUUUUUUUUAUGAAGCAGACUUUAUUUGACUGGAAUAGUGUCUAGUCUAGUAUCUGUUGUUGGCAUUUAUGCAAUAAUGCUUGAGAACCCGGGAAUUAUUGUGUGACAACUCGCGACAAUGGCUGUUCUGAGGUCCGAGGCAGAGCAACGUUUUUUUAUGGAGGCAGAAUUGAUUUGACUGGAAAAGUAUUGUAACGCUCAGUGGUCUAGUCUGGUAUCUGUUGUUUCACCGUUGAUUUUGCUGCCACCUGUUGACUGUUGCAUUUACCGCACAAUUACGUUUGUGACGUGUAUCAAAUACGUCAUAAGUGAUCGUGUUCGUAUGGAACGCCUUCCAUAUGUUUGAAACAGAUCAGACAUUUGACCAUCCAUUCAGUCAUCAAGUUGGCGUUGUUGGUGGUCGAAAAUGUAUUAAUCUGCAUUUUAUUGCAAUGUAAUUGCAUCAUAAUUUUUUGGGGUGAUACAUCCGGUGAUAAUAUGGAGAAGAAAGAAGUUGAGGUAGGCUUUGUUUUUCAGAUUUUUUUUAUAUCACACAUUUUGAAAGGCAAGAUAAGUUUUGCCAUCUGCCAAAGUCAGGAAUAGUGAGUAGUUGGGUAAAGGUGAUCACCAAGGUGACAUUAUGCAUAGAGGACUUUCUGAAGAGAUUCCAGGGUCAGAGGUCAAAGGUUAUAUAACCUUUUGAUAAAUAAUGUAGGCUAAUUAAUGAGAGUCUGAGGAAGGUGAUAUGUAAAAUCUCAGUCACAGGACACUGAAGCAGAGAGAGAGAUGCAGGAGGCUGAUCCAGAAUCAGCCGGCCCAUCUCAGUCACAGGAGACUGAAGCAGAAAGAGAGAUGGAGGAUGCUGAUACAGAGUCAGCCGGCCCAUCUCAGUCACAGGAGACUGAAGAAGAGAGAGAGAUGCAGAAGGGUGAUCAGGACUUAGCCGGCCCAUCUAACACAUGGGAGCCACAUCAGACUUUUCAUUGCAACCUAUCCUUGGCCCAGAGAAGCUCCUCCUCAGAACUCAAAUUCUUAGGGGAGGAGAUGACUGAGAAGCAAUGGAUUCUUUUUACUGAGAAUAUGCAUGAAAGGUUCACCAUAUUUGAGGCUCAUGCUAAGUGCAAGAACAUCCUGUCAUGGGUGAAGAAGGCCUCUUCAACUGAGGUGGUCCCUGCCCUUGAUCUCAGCAUGGAUAGGGAUUUGCCCUGGACACCAUCAUCAUCAUCAUCAUCAACUUCCUCCUCCUGGUCUUCAGUCGUAAUCAAUGUAGCAGAUCUGGGAGCGGCCUCCACAUGCCGCAGCAUCAGAUUCAGCCUUGGGCCAAGUCAUGGGCCAAGCGAGGUCGCCAACCCUAGAACUGGUGCCAGCACACGGAACCCAACUCCCUUCCCCUCCCCCAUUUUCUCAGAGGAGUCUUUGGGAAAUGAGGAAGAGGAUGACAACCUAAGAAAAUAUUGCACCGCAUCUGAGGACAGAGAUAGAGAGGAUUGGGACAGACCCCGCUCAGACCCCCUGAGGUCUGUGUUUGGACUGUCUCACAGCUUUAUCUUCAGUCAGGUUCACAGAGACGCCCACAGGUCCCUGAGUGAGGUCAUACUGCCGUCCAUCCAGAGGAGACCGAAGAAGAUGAGGCCUAUUAUUCUGUCUGCGGACACCAGGCUGAUCAUGGCCAUUGUGGAGAUCAUCAUCAAGCAGAUAAAUGCAAGUCUAGCCCAGAUUGUGCUGAAAGGAUGUGCCAGUCAGGGAGCCGAAGCUCCUUCGACCAGCAUCAGCUCACUGAGCAGUCAAUUUGCUGAGCAGAUGCUGAGGAUAAUCACAACCACAAUGAAUGGCCAUAUUAUGGGACAGAUGGCACUCACUCGGCUGUCUGGAAAGUCCCCCCUGGAGAUCGAGAGCAGGCUUGAGACAGAGCUAGGGCCACUGGCAGGUCAGGUCAUUGUUGCAACCAUCAGCAGCAUCCAGAGGGCGAAGAGCGAUGCUCAGACAGGACAUGAGGUUCGGGUGUCCUCACCUUGCACCUACUUCCUGUCAGCUGUGUCGGCUGAGGUGCAGAGUCUGGUGGUCCAGAGAUCAGGGACCAGGAUGUCAGCCAGACAGUCAGGCAGCAACCACCUGCUGAACCUGUCUCAGGCGAAGAUCACCAGGGCCGUCGAGUUGAAAAUGGCUGAAAUGUACGGCGGAUCCCUGUGGGAUUGGUCCCUGACAGAACAGAAUAUCCAGCCAGGUCAUGACAGAAUCACUGCCAUGUCCAGUGAUUUGGUGGAUUUGGUGCUCGAUGAUACCCUGGAUGCCCUUGGAUAUCUAGAGAACCAGGCAUUAUCCGGGCCCCAGAGCGUUGGCUACCGGAACGGGAUUGAAGGCCUCGACAUUGAUGGUGUGGCAAGGGACAUGGUCCGGAAAGCUGCAGUCAAACUCAAGGCAUCCAUGUCUGAGCUUGAACUGGAGGUGGGAUCCAGAUCCUCACAGGGCAGCAGUGGUCCCUCGAACCACUCACCUCUGUCUCGCUCCCACUCCGACCCGAGGAUGCUCUGUGUCUGGUCAGCAGCGGGAGUCAGAACUGUCCUGCAAGUGUUAAAAACAGAGCUUGACAGCAACUCAGAUGAGUCCUUUGAUCCGCUCCAGAUGGCUAGAAACCUUCUAGCACGUCUAGCGUCGGGUGUCAAGAGCAUCGACAAUCUGGAAAUUGGUAAGAUGCUCCAGGGCACCUCAGCAAUCAUGGAGCCGGAGGCUGUGAGAGAAUACCCAGAAAUAUCUUCCACUGCCAUCUACCACUCCCUGCUCAUUGAUUGUCCUUUCCCACCAUCAGAGAGGGUUCAGGAAACAAUUAUCCUAAGCCAUCCACUCACUGCACAGGACGUGACCACACAGAGGAAAAAGCAGCAUUCUGCUGACCUUCAGACCGACAGCCUAAUGGCAGAAUACCCUGCCAAGGCACAACGGGUAGUGACUCAGGUCAUAAGAGAUUCUCCUUUAACCGUGGACAUCCUGUCAGCCCACGUCUCCUCAAAGAACAUUGCUGAGGCAUCAACUCACGUUCUUGAGUCCCUUCUAGUGGACUUAAACGAGGCAGUUGAGGUGAGUAGGGCAGAGCGGAGCAAGUUCUGGGAACAGGUCCAGUUAUCCUCCCAGAAACUUUACAGCACAGCUGUGGACAAGCUGAAGAGUUUGUACACUGGUUGCCUCCUCAACAACGAGCGAGACCACCAGGAUACCCAUGUAACCGCUGACAAAAUCCAGGACAUGGAAGUGUCUACCAACAAUGACCUCAAAGACCCAACAGUUGCAGUCAGCCAGGAGUUAGUCCGACACAGCGCAAAGAAGAUCCUCACAAAGGUUCUGAAUGUGAUCAAAGCCGGAGUAGCUGGCUCAGAGCACUCAUCUGUGGGCGAGCAGAUGACCGAAGAGUGCCAAGUUGCCACAGAGAUGUUGGACUCCAUUCUGAACAGACUAGAAGAUGAUGAGCCUGAUGUGGGUGAAGAGGAUCAUCUUCAUGUGAUGUCUGUCCGUGACAUCUACGAGGAUGUCUCAUCUAAAACCUCUCAGGUUUGUAUGGUGAUGAGUAGCCAGGCGAUGGACGCGUUGACCGAUGAUGUGUCUGCCGCAACCUAUGUGCAUGAUAUUGUGUACAGGUCAGAGAGUUGUCUCUCUCAGGCCACAAGUACCCACAGGUCAGGCACUAGCCAGGCCUCCAGUGACCUUGUUGUUGAGUACAUGUCUGAGCUCCAUGCCAACUGCCUUGACACCGCAUUGCCUGUGAGGUGCACUUCUACAGCUGUUGGCGAUACAGAGACUUGUCAUGUCCCCUCUGCCAGAGUGAAGAAGAAGAGUCAGGGCCGGAGGUUCAGUUGCUGCCCAAAGUUGCCAACGGUCAGGAUCAAGAUGAUGAUCAUGCUGUCCCAAUCAUUCCCCAACUUGAGGACGACCUGCCACCAGCACCUGCACAGGAGUCCCGUAAACGUCCCCUGUUUGUGAGAAUGUUCCGGGCCAUUUCCAGGGCCAUCUCAAAGCCAUUCAAGGGCUGUGCUUUUUGCAAGAAGAAUUAGGAAAGGGUUAGCCAUCAACAUCUAAUAAACAUAUUAGCAGCAUUGAUUUGUGUGUCUGCAGUCAAAUUUAAUAGACUCUCUUGACAUGGCAUUUUAGCAGACACUUAUCCAGAGCAACUAGGGUUAAGUGCCUAAGUCAGUUUGGAGAUACAAACCAGUGACCUUUUGGUUAUUGGCCCAACACUCUUAACCACUAGGCUACCUGCCACUGCAUGCGUUUUACCAUAUUGCUUAUUCUUUUUUGAUUCCUUCCUAUCUGCAAAAAAAACCCAACUGAACAUUUCACACCAGAUUUCUAUGUUCCAUUUGCUGUUUUAAGUACAUGAUUUCAAUAUAUGUAAUAUACUUGCAAACUGAGAAGGCAUUUGACACCAGAUUUGUUUGUUUUGACCUUGGUGAAAAUGUGUUUAUAUGACAUUGCAGCACAAUAUUAAUAUAAUAAGUGUCUUUUUCAACACAUUUUGAUGCAUACAUUUCCAGUGGGGGGGAGGGGUAUGGUUUGUGGCCCAUUAUAUUCUAUACAGCUCUUCGGGAGAGGUUGCCAAGGUCAAAGUAGAGCUAUUAUCAUCCUGCUGAUCAUACAGUAUUUGGAAUGAAGAAGGGUCCAUUAAUAGGGGCUAGGGUCAGCCUGAAACCGAGAGGUAUCUGUUGGUUGGGGGCCAAGGGUGGGCUUGAAAAUGGGCCAUUGACAGUUGCUAUUUAGAGCUUCUGCGUUCCCUAGCUCCUUCUGUCAAUUUACAUAAUCCCUCUGUCUCUCUUGCACCCCUUUGAUAGUUUGAUUUGUGAUCACCUCUGUAAAUCUCUUGUAUUUUUACAAAAUAAUUAUCUCAACUAUGGCCUAUGGAUGGAGGGGUACCAGGAGGGAAAUGUAAGAGAAUACAGAUGUGUAUUUGAAAAUAUAGAAAAGUUCCCAAUUCCAAUACUGUAUAUGAAGAUAAUAUGUUCCCAUUAUGCAUAAUCUUUUAUCUUUAUUUUGUAUGAUUUGUAUCUGUCUCUCACAUACUUUCACACAUACCCAAUGAUUACACUAAUAUGUACACUCUCAAAGAAAACAUAAAUAAAUACAGAUUGAUGAGAUAGUUAGAAACAUUACAUUCAAAAUACAUUUAAACUUUUUGUCAAUGUCAAAGGCAAUAGCUUAAUAUCUUUCUACAACCCAUGGAGAACAGGGCGCAAGUAUUUUUGUGAGACCGUUUGUUUGUAAAGAGAAAAAAAAAAACAAUUUAUUCCGAGUUCAGGGGUCAAGAAAAAGGAAUCACGUGAUAGUGAAUGUUGCACUAAGCCUGCGCUCAAACCACUGACUAAUAAAACACCUACACCGUU